AUGUCGAACGAAGACAUGUUAUAUGCAAAGGGGUCCAAAAUCUGGGUUCCCCAUCCAGAGCAAGUAUGGGAGACUGCCACAGUACAGAGGGAUUACCACAAAGGCGACAUAACCAUACAGAUCGUCAAAGAUUCCGGCACUUCAGUGGAACUUUCUACAAAGCCCGAUGGAAGUAAUUUGCCACCACUGCGCAAUCCCGCUAUACUAAUCGGACAAAAUGAUCUGACGGCUAUGUCAUAUCUGCAUGAACCUGCUGUAUUACACAAUCUAAAGGUACGUUUCUGCGAACGACAAAUCAUUUACACAUACUGUGGCAUCAUCUUAGUUGCCAUAAAUCCAUAUGCCGAAUUACCACUCUAUGGCCCAAGUAUUAUACGAGCUUACCGUGGCCGUUCAAUGGGCGAAUUGGAGCCACACAUAUUCGCCUUAGCCGAAGAAGCAUAUACCAAGCUAGAACGUGAGAAAUGUGAUUUAAGCAUAAUUGUAAGCGGAGAGUCGGGUGCGGGCAAAACGGUAUCUGCAAAGUAUGCAAUGCGUUAUUUUGCUGCAGUUGGAGGCUCUGAAUCCGAAACACAAGUUGAACGCAAAGUACUCGCAUCAUCGCCAAUCAUGGAGGCAUUCGGCAACGCAAAGACUACACGUAAUGAUAAUAGUUCACGCUUUGGUAAAUUUACGAAACUACUUUUCAAGAAUAAUAUGAGUGUUAUGAAUCUGACGGGCGCCACAAUGCACACAUAUUUGUUGGAGAAAUCACGUGUUGUAUUUCAAGCGCCGGGCGAGCGGAAUUAUCACAUUUUCUAUCAACUUUGCGAUGCACGUGAAAUGCAUCCGGAAUUAAUAUUAGAUCAUCAGGAUAAGUUUGAGUAUCUUAAAAUGGGGAACUCGCCACAUAUUGAUAGAGUCUCGGACAAAGAGCAAUUCAAAGAAACUAUACAGGCUAUGAUUGUGUUGGGUUUUAGCACAUUGCAGAUAACAGAUAUCUUAAACCUUCUUGCCGGUAUAUUGCAUUUAGGCAAUAUAAUAUUUGUACCACRGCAUAAGAAAGGUACUAACGAAGUCGAUCCUGACGGUUGUGAUAUCAAUCAUAAUGAUCUACACCUUCAUGUGACUGCUGACAUGUUAAAAAUUAAUCCAGAUGAGUUGCGUCAAUGGUUAAAAACACGUCAAAUCGAAUCAGUUAACGAGCAAGUGCUUAUACCGAACAGCAUUAGCACGGCGCAAGCUGCCAAAGAUGCGCUUGCAAAGCAUAUCUAUGCGAAACUUUUUCAGUAUAUCGUACAAGUUAUCAACAAGAGCCUAAAUACGGCUAGUCGCAAGCAAAACAGUUUCAUUGGCGUCUUGGAUAUUUAUGGUUUCGAGACAUUCGAAGUAAAUUCAUUCGAACAAUUUUGCAUUAACUAUGCAAAUGAGAAAUUGCAACAACAAUUCAAUCAACAUGUAUUCAAAUUGGAACAAGAGGAAUAUUUGAAGGAAGGCAUAACAUGGACAAUGAUAGACUUCUAUGAUAAUCAGCCCUGCAUAGACUUAAUAGAAUCGAAGCUGGGCGUACUAGAUCUCCUCGAUGAGGAAUGUAGGAUGCCCAAGGGCAGUGACGAGAGUUGGGCUGGCAAACUAAUUGAAAAAUGCAAUAAAUAUCCACAUUUUGAAAAACCACGUUUCGGCACCACAAGCUUUUACAUUAAGCAUUUCUCCGAUACGGUUGAAUAUGACGUUUAUGGUUUUCUGGAAAAGAAUCGUGAUACCGUAUCGAAAGAGCUGGUCAAUGUUAUACGUCAAUCGCAGAUGUCGCUAUGCAAACAAUUAAUGGAUAUGGAGGAAAUUGAUACGCUGUGCGCAGACGCCGCAAAAGUAACAACGCUAGGUGGACGUGUAGUGAUCAGCGCAACUAGGCAACAGUUAACUGCAGACAAUCGCAAGCGAAUCGCUCCGUCAAAACAACAUCGCCGUUCGGUUGGCUCACAAUUUAGAGAGAGUCUUUCAUCGCUCAUAUCCACUUUGCAUGCAACAACACCGCAUUACGUGCGCUGCAUAAAGCCGAACGAUGAUAAAGUGGCCUUCAAGUGGGAGGCUUCCAAAAUCGUACAACAACUGCGCGCAUGUGGUGUACUCGAAACGGUACGCAUCUCAGCCGCUGGUUUCCCAUCACGCUGGUCCUACCAUGACUUUUAUAUGCGCUACCAAUUGCUGUCUCAUCGCACGUUGGUCAACAAAAACGACAUGAAGCAAUCGUGUCACAAUAUUGUGACUAAAUGGAUACUCGACGUGGACAAGUAUCGUUUCGGCAAUACGCAAAUAUUCUUUCGGGCCGGYCAGGUAGCCUAUCUGGAACAGGUGCGCGCGAAUUUGCGCAAGAAAUACAUAACGAUCAUACAGUCGGUGGUGCGUCGUUUUAUACAGCGGCGACGGUUUCAGCGUUUGCAGCGGACGGCGCUCGGUAUACAACGUUAUGCGCGCGGYUAUUUGGCUCGCCAGAAAGCGCAACAAAUGCGGGAAGAGCAUGCGGCUGUUGUCAUAUCGAAAUAUGCGCGCGGUUGGUUGUGCCGUCGACGUUACCUGCGACUGCGUCACACAAUUUGUGGCAUACAACAGUAUGCRCGUGGUAUGCUGGCACGUCAACGCUUCCARGCCGCCAUGGAUCACUAUCGCGCUGUGCAAAUACAACGCUUCAUACGCGGCUACUUGGCGAGACGYGCCUAUCAGAAGAAACGACGCGCUAUCAUUGUCUGCCAGUCGGCGGUGCGGCGUUUCCUGGCGCGUCGUCAAUUCAAGCGAUUGAAGGCAGAAGCGAAAACCAUUUCGCAUAUACAGAAAAUGUACAAAGGUCUCGAAAACAAGAUCAUAUCAAUGCAACAGAAGAUUGACGAGCUGAAUCGCGAGAAUGUUAGCUUGAAGUCGAAGUCAAGCGAAAUUUCCGUAUUAAAAAUGAAACUUGAAGUGAAGAAAUCCCUGGAACUUGAAGUGCGUAAUCUGAAAUCGAUCGUCGCUGAAAAGGAUAACAAUUUGGCGGCAUUGAAUAAGCAAUUGGAAACUGAACGUGAUGAAAAAAUGCAAUUACUCGAGGAGAAAGAUCACUCUGAGGAGGAUUGGGUGCAACAAAAACAGGUUUGGCGCAUGGAAAAUAUCGAAUUGCGCAAGCAGAUCGAUCAAAUGAUCGAAAUGGCGAAGAAUGCUGAAAUGAAUACCAAUUCGCGUAUGGAACGUACAUUUUCUGAAGUUGAAACCUACGAAAUUAAUGAGGCCUACCAGCGUGCAAUUAAAGAAAAAGAGAUUAUAGAAAAUGAAAAUUACAUGCUGAAAGAGGAGUUGAGUCGCCAUCAGAAACCGAAUGGCACACGAGAUAAUAAUCAACAUUCACGUUCGGUUAGUAAUGCUUCGAGUCAAAAUGAAGACGACGUCGGCUAUGUUUCCGCCAAGAAUACGCUCGAACUGCGACGCCAUCAAGGUGGAGAGAAUGCCAAUCAAAUAUCACCGGAAACCUUUACGACAAUCGAAACUACGUCAACGCCGAAAUCGGGUCAAACGAGUCUGAUUUUGAAAUUGCGCAGCAUACUCGAAGAAGAGAAAAAGAAAAAUAAACAGUUGACUGAACAAUUGGAGCGGCUAAUGAAGCGAAAUAAUCAAACAGAAGACUCUAUACGCGUUUCCGAACUGGAGGUGGAGAAUGAGAAACUACGCAGCGACUAUGAUCUCUUGCGSAGCAGCAUCAAUCAUGGCUCCGAAAUGAACGAAUUAGAAGCUCAAUAUCAAGCGCUGCAAGAGGAACUCCGACGUCGUCGUGAUGAGUGCAUCCAGCUAAAAGCUGUUCUGCAACAGCAGAGUCAAUCGUUGAAGUCAUUCGGUACCACAGGCGUUUCGUUGCGUGGCGUGGAUUUGAAGAAUUUGAAUGAUAAUGAAUUGAUCGAGGCUUUCCAAGCACAGAAGCUGGUCAAUCGACAAUUGGAAUCCGAGUUGAGCGCUUUAACCGAAGAGAAUAACGCACAUCUCGCCGAUCUCACACGACAAAUUGAUGAUUUGCGUCACGAAAAGACACAACUACAGGAACUGCUACAUAAUGGACUGGAGCAAAGCGUUGAAAGCAAUAUUGAGGCAUUGCGUCAGAGUGAACGGUAUCUSCGUUACGAGUUGCAACGUUCGGUAUUGCAAUAUUCACAGCUACAGGAGGAAAUGAAUGCCAUGACUYGCAAAUUUGAGGCGCUAAAACAGGGUAAUGACAAGCUAAUGUUCAAACUAAAGGAGCACGGCAUUCCUCAAGAUGGUAAUAGCAAAGAAAAUGAUAAAAAGGCUGUGACUAAUGUGAGCAAGCAGAAGAUACAAAAUUAUCAAGGUGUCAUGAAGUUCCGCAGUGAAGAUCUCGAUAAAAUUCUGCAACGUCUGGUGGGCGAUAUGACUCCACGUUUGGCUAUUGGAUUAUUACCCGGUUUCCCUGCGUAUAUAAUAUUCAUGUGUAUACGUUAUACUGAUCUUAUAAAUGCUGAUGACGAUGUACGCGAUCUGCUAAGCAAAUUCGUGAUGCAAAUCAAAAAAAUACAUCGUAACCCAAAUGUAAUCGAAAUACGUUCACUUUGGUUGGUCAAUUCCAUCACACUUCUCAAUUUAUUGAAACAAUAUGGUGACGUUGAGGAAUAUGUUAAAUUCAAUACGGACAAACAAAAUCAACAACAACUAAAGAAUUUCAAUCUGUACGAGUAUCGGCGCGUAAUAUUAGACAUAAUUAUCAGUUUAUACCAGGUGUUGGUGAAGCAGAUACAAACCUUAUUGGAGCGUUAUAUCGUACCAGCCAUACUCGAUAAUGACGAAAUCCAACGUAAUCGGCAAGUACAAGGUAUGCGCGGUCGUACUGCCUCAAUGGAUUCAACGUCAUCACCCGAGCAUGGUAAAGUAGCUGCCUGGAAGCUGCUCAUCAAUCACCUGGAACAAUUUUAUAAACAAUUCCAACACUUCGGCUUAGAUCGUUGUUACUCAGAACAGAUUUUCCAUCAAUUGUUGUAUUUCAUUUGUGCGGUCGCACUAAAUUGUUUAAUGUUACGUGGUGAUAUAUGUAUGUGGGAGACUGGCAUGAUCAUACGUUACAAUUUGGGUUAUAUUGAGGAUUGGGUGCGCAGCAAGGGAAUGUCAAAUGAUGUGUUGGCACCAUUGGCGCCACUGAAUCAAGUAUCACAGUUGUUGCAAUCGCGCAAGAGCGAACAAGAUGUUCAAAGUAUUUGUGAUUUGUGCACAUCGUUGAAUACGGCGCAAGUGUUGAAGGUUAUGAAAUCAUACAAACUGGAUGAUUAUGAAGGUGAAAUAACGAAUACGUUUUUGGAGAAACUCACCAAAAAGCUAAACGAACGUGCAAUGAUUAAAAACGACGAAUUUACUAUGGAUCAGAAAUUCAUACAUCCCUUCAAAGUGGUUUUCAAGUAUAGUGAUGUCAAAUUAGAGGAUAUUGAAUUGCCGAAACAUUUGGGCCUGGAAGACCUAUUGGCGAAAAUUUAAAUUAAACGUUAUGUGUGUAUUAUAAACAAUGUCGUUAUAAAUUUAUACAGUCCAAACACUCCACCCUCCGACAAAGCAAGAAAAUAUAUAUAAAUUAAUACUAGAAAAUGCUAAAAUUAUGAAUUUAUAUUAGCUAAGCCUUAGUUACCUAUAUACUUCCAAGCUAAAAUUGUUAUUGUUAGAAAAGAGUUGUGACAGAAAUAUGUAUUGUGUACCUUGCGCAAUUUGUUGCCAUUGAAACAUACACAUAUUAUUAUUAUAGUAAAUUACGUACUUAUGAAUGAACUGAACAUUCCCCCCUACACGAAAAAAAGUAUUUUGUAACUGAAUACUUUAACACUAGUGCCAAUAUAUACAUAAUUAUAUUUAGAAAAAAAAAACCAUGCAUAGCAUAAAAACUAAUUGGACUAUUUCAGUUACUUAAAAUAUAUUAUAUAAAUUAUUUGUAUUAAUUUACCUUAAGCUUAUAAGCAAUUUUAUUAAAA